GGAUCGAGGAGUGCGGGAGCCUCUGGCUCGGAGCGCAGCGCCUCUCCUGGCCGUGGCUGGGUCUCAGCCACUCCCUCCGUCCCGGCUCCGCGCCCGCCUCUGCGGCCGAGGCUGUCACCGCGCCGCGCGAGGAGGCGCCGCCGCCGCGCCGGGCGCCCGGCGCUGCCAGCAUGUUUGACAGGACGCGGUUGCCCUUCGUGGCGCUGGACGUGAUCUGCGUGGUGCUGGCUGGCUUGCCCCUUGGUGUUCUAAACUUGGCCAAAAUAAAACCGUAUCAAAGAGGCUUUUUCUGUAAUGAUGACAGCAUCAAGUAUCCGUUCCAUGACAGUACCAUCACAUCCACUGUCCUCUACACAGUGGGGUUCACCCUGCCCAUUUUCUCUAUAAUCCUAGGAGAGACACUCUCUGUAUUUUGUAAUCAUUUGCACUCAAACUCAUUUGUCAGAAAUAACUACAUAGCCACUAUUUACAAAGCCAUUGGGACCUUCAUUUUUGGAGCAGCUGCUAGCCAGUCAUUGACAGACAUUGCCAAGUACUCCAUAGGCAGACUGCGUCCUCACUUCCUUGCUGUGUGCCAGCCCGACUGGACACGGAUCAACUGCAGUUUAGGUUACAUUGAGAAUUUCUCAUGUCAAGGAGAUAAAGCAAAAAUCAGCGAGGGAAGACUGUCAUUUUAUUCUGGCCAUUCUUCGUUCUCCAUGUACUGCAUGCUCUUCCUAGCAAUUUAUCUUCAGGCCAGAAUGAAAGGAGACUGGGCAAGACUUUUACGUCCUACCAUACAAUUUGGUCUUAUUGCUUCAUCCAUCUAUGUGGGUCUGUCACGUGUAUCUGAUUACAAGCAUCACUGGAGUGAUGUUUUAACAGGACUCAUUCAGGGAGCUGUGGUAGCUGUGCUCAUUGUUGUGUACGUGUCUGACUUCUUCAAAGUGAGAGGAUGUACAUUUCAGCCGAAGGAAGAUUCCCAUACAACCCUACAUGAGACUCCAACAAAUGGAAAUCACUUUGGCAGCAAUCAUCAACCAUAAAGCAUGACUCACUUGUCUUGCUCUCUGAAAGGAAAACAAUUUCACAAGUCUAAAUCUGUAAUGGAAGUAAUGCCUUUAAGGGACUGCUGCUGCUCUUGGAUGCUCACUUUACCUGUAUAUAAUAACAUCUACCAGAGUUACAAUAACCACAGUUAUUGUAUAUCUAAACUUUAAAUAUCUGUUGGUGCAAGCCCUUGCUUAAAAGAAAAAAGUUAUUCAAACUGUAAAUUUUUAUUGAAAACAUGGUAACAGUUAUAUUACAUAAACUGUUUGUACAUGCCUUAUUAAAAUAACUGUGGUUAAAAUACGCUCCAUUAAAAAAAAUUAUUGGAAA